CAACAACAACAACAACAACAACAACAACAACAACAACAACAACAACAACAACAACAACAACAACAACAACAACAACAACAACAACAACACGGCAGUCGGCAGACUUCACCGAGGGCCGCUAACUUCACCCGUCCUCCCCACUGCCACUACUCUAACGCCUUUUGUUCGGCGACGGCGGGAGUUUCUGUUUCUUGUGGCCACAGGCCUGGCUGCGGCCGGUGAUUUUAACAGUCAGGAUGGACUUGGCCGAGGCUUGGACAUCCCUGAAGGCAGCAGUAGUACAAUUCUACCAAGAUGGGAUGCAAAAAGACAAUGUUCAAGAAAUAAUCUCCAUAAUCAGUAACAGUAUUCAGUUCAAAAAGAGCUGGUAUGUCCCUCCUCCAGGAUCCUCCCAAGAGCAAGUGCAGCAUCAUACAGCGUUUUGCACUUGGAUGCUGGGCAGGCUCUUUUGUGUUCUUGGUAGGGACUCUCUCUCUGAUUCUCAUGCAUCAUAUGUUCAGACUCAAAUAGAAAUAUUAAAUGCUUGUGCUGAAAAUCAGUUUAUGAUCAGGACUUUCUUUUUGGAAUACAUGUCAUGCUUGACUGACUUGUUAGCCAUUCAAACCUCCGAGACAUUCAGUAAGACCAUGAGUGGACCACAAUUGCUAAAAAGAUUUACUCCACAGACCUUAGAAUCUCUAGAGAAAUUAAAUUUAACACCCAAGUACAUUCUUGUUCAAUCUGAGGCUCAUUUGAGCUCUUUACAAAAGUAUUUAGUUCAGAUAAUUGAAGCAAUGAUCCCAAACAUUGCACUGAAAUAUAACCACCUUCUGGAAAAGUGUUGGUUGAUCUUAUGUGAGUUGACCCAAGUGGCUACCCCUCAUCUAAAAAUGAUCGUCCUCAAUACUUUUUCAAAUAUAAUAUCUUACUCUGGUUAUCACUCAAGAGUUGCUUUAUUAGAAUUAUGUCAUACUCUUCAAACAGUGACUCAGUUUAUCUCAGUUAAUUUACUUGACAAAGCUGAGUCAGAAGUUGUUCAGCUCCUUGUUAAGAGUGUAGGAAAUCUAGUUGAUGUGAUGAUAUCAACAGGUUCUUGUGAUAAUGAUUUGCCGAGAAUCAAUGAUCUGUUAACUAUUUUACAUUCUGUGAUAAAUUUUUGGGAUGUUGAGGGUAAAGAAAAGGCAGGAUUCUACAAUGCAUGCAAAAACGUUUCAUACCUAAUAGAUGCAUUUCCUCUCUUAUCCAUCAAAUCAGAACAGUUCUGCUUUUUAUUAAGAAGAUAUGAAACUCAGUCAUGUUCUGUGAAUAUUUUAGUAAAAUGUGUGUACUUGAAAGUUGUUAAUCACAUUAAAUCAACUCGUCAAUUCCUAGCAAUAUACAAAUCCGAAAAUAAUGUCCUUGGGGAUAAUAUCAAUGAACCUCUUCUAAUAAAUGCUGUCUCAUCCAUAUCAUUCUGGUCAUAUCUUCACAACCAGUUGUGUGAUGAAAUGGCUGCACUGCUGCCCAAUUUUCCCUCACAACCUUCAAAACAAGUAUUCAAAGAAAUUUGUGAUGUAAUAGGAAGAGUAAAGACAAUGGUUCAGUGUGCCGUAGAAGUUGAAAUGCUGUGUACAACAGAUACAGAAAUUGGGAAACUGAAACCUUCCCUUUUGUUCUUUCCGGAUACUGUUGGAGACAUUAUUUCAUUAUUUUGCUCGGUCAUUUGGAAGCUUGUUCACCUUAAAAAAGAAGAUACCAUGGUGUGGUAUUUUGAGGAUAUUAUCAGAUCUAUUAUUCUCUCUCUUAGAUAUAUGUUCCUGUUGCCUGAAGUAGUAUCUUCUCAAGUGGAGAGUGCUAAAGUUGCUACAUCAAUAUCAGCUAUACCAUGGGCUGACUGCAAAUGUAAAGCAGAUUUUCAGUCAGAAUUUAGUGAAGUUUCUAAAUUAUUUCCUGAAGUCAAUUCCGAAGACAUGAAAAUUCUAAGUUUACACACACUAGCUUGUAUACCUUGCUCAGAGGCCUACAUUUGGAAAGCCUCAAUGUUUUCAGAGAUAGUUACUGCUUCACAUGAGAAAAACAAUGUGAGGAUUGCAGUAGAAGCGGUUCGAGCCCUCCCUGUCCUUCUCUUAGAUCAAAGCCAGCAGCAAUAUGAAUACUUGCAUAAUGUGCUGCUUCCCGCUUUAGAAUCAACCAAUGAAACCAUUUUGACCGCAGUAUCAAGUAUAUUUCCGUCAAUUGUAUGUGUGUUAUCAGGAGAUAUUGCACCUGUGAGCUUUUCUGGGAAUGGAAACAAUCUGGAAAGAGGUUUUGCUUGCCUUUCAUGUGAAAAAGAUUUUGUAGGCCCUGCUUUAGAAGCCAGUAAUGUUCUUCCAAAAUUCAAAGAAAUUCUCAACAAAUUCAUCACUUUGCUGACUUGUCAGUUUGUGACUGUUAGAAGAAAUUUGGCUGCUUCUCUUUGUUCUUUAGUUUUACAUCUUCCCGCCUUGUAUCAACCUGAAACUGUUUUAAUUUUGAUGAAGUAUGCUGAGGAUGACGACUGUCAAGUUAGAUUAGCAUUUUCUAAAAUGGUGAAGUUUCUCAUAUUUUCACGUGACUGGAUGGAAGGGAAAGGAGUUGAGUCAGAACAUCUGCGUGAGGAGCACAUACCACUUACUCAGGCAGACCGGGUUGAAUUAACCCAAUCUCGCCCUAGGCUCAAUCGUGUGCUUCAACUGCUAUACAAUUCGUUAAUAACUAGUCUUAAUGAAAAGGGCAGUGCUGACUAUGAUGUGCAGGGUACUAUUCUGGCAACAAUAGUUGAUAUUGGAUGUGUGCCUUUGGAUUGUGUGCUGCUUCCUGUGCUGAAAAUGGUUGUGAUAGGUGUUUCUCAUCCUGCAUUUACACAGCCCUCAAUUGGUCUGGUAUACUUAAAGCAAAUUGCUGUUGCUCACAAUACUACUGUUGGAAAUCUCUAUCGUCGCUUUCAAUCUGAUUUAUGUGAAGUAAUGAUAGCAUCAGUGGGAAUGAAUUAUCAUUCUGGACAGUUAUCUAAAGUUGGAAACAAAGUUGUCUAUAGCUUUGGAUUUGAAUCCAUUGGAUCAUGGCUGAGAAUGUCUGUGAAAUAUGUUUUACCCACCCUUAUGGUGUUGGUUGUAAAGUUUGACGAUCAAAAGCUUCUGAAAGAAAUGCUUGAUUUCUUUCCUUGUUCAAAAGCUGAUCUGAUAAAAGAAAAUUUUCAGUUCAUAUACUCUUAUGUAUUUUUAAAUGAGACUGAUGAAGUUGUUGAGAGUUGUGUUAAACUGAUGGAAGAAAUGGCAGGAAUAAGUGGUCAACAGCUCAUCAUAUCAUCUUUCCGUACUGCACAUGCUGAAUUUCUCCUUCACUACCAUUGCAAAAAAGAGCGAGUUGAGGAAGGCAUCUGCAAACUGAUUUACUUAUUGGACAAUCAAUCUAAUAAUUCUAUUAAAAAGAACACACUCAAAAAAUCCGACAUUUCAAAGCACCUUGAACCACGAUUUUUAGGUGUUCUUGUUCACUUUGAUUCAUUACUUGAAUCCUCCAGCUCUGAAGAAAGUGACAAAAUCAAAGCCCUUCAGUCUCUUCCACAAAUAAUACGUCUUAUGGGACCUAAAUACAUUACUCCUGUCCGUUUUAAGGUCUUAUCAACAUUAAGAACUGCACUUCGUCUCACACAUUGUGACUUUCCCCAUUACAGCUGUGGAGCCUGGGAAGCCUUCAUACAGAGUGUGGAUAUUUACGAACUUGGUCCUCUGCUUGGUACUGUGGCUGCUUCACUUUUACCUCUCCUCGAACAAUUUCCAGAUGAAAUUUCCACAAUGCUUGAGUGGUUAGUUGUGGAGCAUGAGCAUGAGCUCUCCAAUCAUAUUGCUGAUUUGUUUUUCCUACCAAACACUCCAAAACUUCAUAAUGUGUACCGAAUUGUUAACCAUCAUGUACUGAAAAUGAGACGUGGCUUAAAUGACAGUGAAAAUCUUGCAGAUUACCUUCAACAACCUCUGCGCUUUAUUACUCAUGAUAAUGUUGACAUGCGAAGACAUGGCUUAGAAUAUCUGCUGUCGCUUCUUAAAGAAAAACAAGUGCAGUUUACUAAAUCACUGCUCCAGGAAGAGGUGGUCCAUGAAAGUGUAUCAAAGUUAUUGACCCUUUUGAUUGAGGGUUGUCGAGAUACUGAUCAGAACAUUCAACUCUUGUGUGUUCAAAAUUUGGGAAUGCUAGGAGCUCUGGACCCUGGUCACCUUCCUCACAAAAAGCCUGAGAGAGGAAUGCCGCAAAUUUCCUCUGUAGAUGAAGAUUCAUUCGCAGUUCAAGCUUUGACAACAUUAUCAAAAGCUUAUCAGGCAGCCAGAAACACCAGGAAUCUUGAUUCAUUUGCUGUUGCGAUACAGGAACUUCUCAGGACUUAUAAUAUUUCCUCUCAAACAUCUCAAGGCAAAAAAACUUUAUGGGAUUCCUUUCCUGUAAAUAUACAACAAGUAAUGGCACCUUUAGAAAACUCUUCCUACUACAUGACAACCUUAGACUCUGAUUUUGUAUGGCCUCAUCCGUUGUUUGGAACACGAUAUGCUUCAUCAUUGACUUAUUGGGCUCAUACUUGGGCAUGUCGAAUUGUAAAAUUUAUUGAUAAUGCCAAAGCUAAAGAAGUGUUUACAGUCUGCAUACCAAGCCUGAAAACAGACAUAAACUGUGUUCUAUUUUUCUUGCCAUUUAUUUUGAUGUAUGCUGUAAUUUCGGGACAUGAAGAACAACACAAAAUGAUGGUGGAAGAAAUGAAUUUUGUUAUACAGCAACGGAGAAUCAUCGAAGAAGAGAAAAAAGAACUGCAAAAUGGAAGUGAGAAAUUUCAGCUUAGGAUGGAUGCUUCUAUUGUCCUUCCUCAAACAGUGGAUUCGGACAGUGCCACCCAUGCUUUGUGUGCCAAAACAGUUUUUAGUUUGCUGAAUUUUUGUGAGAAAUGGGUAGGGUUCUCAAAGCAAAAAAAGGACAAAAGCAAAAAGAGCACAACCAUAAAAGUAGGAAAUGCUGAAAGCUUUUUGGCUCAAUUUUCUAAGUUGGAUUUGGCCUAUGGCAAUUAUGGUGUUAAAGAAUAUGCGAGAGCUCUAAUGUACUUGGAGGACUAUUUGAUGGAGAAUAAGAACCUGAUAAAUAAUGAAGAGCACUUAAUUUUUUUGCAGCGAAUCUAUGCUCAACUUAAUGAACCAGAUGGAAUGAAAGGUGUAAUUGCCAUUCAAUGUAGCCAACCAAAGUUGUUGGAAGGUGUUGUUUAUCAAGAGGUUACAGGACAGUAUCAGGAAGCCCUUGCUUGCUAUGAAUUACUUGCAGAGCAACAUACUGUUGAUGCUCAAAUAGGUAUGAUUAGAUGCCACUUAAGUAUGGAUCAACCGUAUGCAGCCUUGCAUAUUGCUCAAGGGGCAACUUCACAGAAUCAAGAGCGUCGGAGUGCUUUUCUGGAAGCUCAAGCUGAAUGCUUCUGGAGAAUGAACAGCUUUGAUCAUUUGGAAACUGUCCUGAAAGACCGUCAACUUGAGAAUUCAACAGCUUGGGGAGUUAGUAUUGGUAGAUGUUUUCUAAAUGUGAAACAUGGAAAUGAAUCAUCGUUUAAGCAACACCUUUGCUCAACCAGAAGUUUUCUCAGCAAAGCAUUGAGUACUACUAGUUUGGAGACUGGAAGCUAUUUACAGGGAUAUCCUUAUGUCAUCAAACUUCACAUGCUACAAGAACUUGAGGAAGCUUCCAAAGUAAUUGCAACAAUACAGUCAACUGAUAGUUCUGAGCAGUUUUGCUUGGAAGUUGUCAAAAAUCUUGUCAGUAUUUGGAAGGAUCGUUUGGAAUUGGUUCAAGCAGAUUCAUCUGUUCAGGAGCCUUUACUGCGAUUGCGCCGUAAUUUAUUGCAGCUAGCUUGUACUUUUGUUAAAACAAGCCAAUUUUCCCUUUUGGAACUGCUGCAUCAGGAAUUAGCUUCAAGCUGGCUGAAGAGUGCAGAGGUUGCCCGUGUAUCCAAUCGUUACCAACAAGCCUAUAGCUACCUUCUGAAUGCUGAGAAAUACAAGCCAAAAGUACACUUUAUUGAGUUAGCAAAAUUGUACUGGUUCAAAAACGAACAAGACCAUGCCUUAGGAACUCUGCGUCGUGGUCUAGAUGAACACUUUCCGAACAGCAAAUGGUUCAAAAGCGUUGCUCCUGGUGAUAUGGUUGAAGAGAGAAAAAUAUGUGCUGAGGCAAAACUUCUUAUUGCAAAAUACAAUGAUCAAAGUUUAAAUGUUGACUGUGAUGCUAAUGUAUCCAAUUAUAAGGAUGCUGUUGACUGCUAUCAACAGUGGGAACACAGUCAAGCUUCCUUAGCUCAGUAUUAUGAUCGUUUGUUCUCGCAUUCAAGAGAUCCAAAUGACUUUAACUUACAGAAGUGUGAAUUUCAGAAGUGGGCAGUCGUUUCGUACACCAAAUCUUUAAGAUUUGGCUGUAGUUUAAUUUAUCACAGUAUGUCAAGGUUGUUGACUUUAUGGUUAGACUUUGGAAAAAGUUAUCACAUUGCUUUGAAAUCCAAGGCACCAUCAAGUGAACUAAGUCGUAGGAAAACUCACUUGGAUGAAAUGAAUAAGUUCAUAAAACAACAUAUAGAUAUUCUUCCUUCAUAUAUGUUUAUGACAGGAUUUUCACAACUUGCGUCUCGUAUAUGCCAUCCAGUAGCUGAUGUGUACAGAGUAAUUCAAGCAAUAAUAGUGAAGCUUGUGCUCUGCUACCCUCAGCAGACAAUGUGGAUUUUAGUUGCCAUGCAUAGGUCAACAUAUGCCUUGAGGCAAGUUCGAUGCAAAGGUAUUUUGGAGGAUCCACAAAUCAAGCGUGUUCCUAAUAUGCUUCGGUUGACAUCAGACUUUCAGAAAUUGGGUCAGCAGUUAACUGAACUAUGCACAAAGACAGUUCUAAAGAAUGUUCAUUCAACUUCUGUAAGUUUGUUAGCCGAGAAUUUACCAACACUAUUAGCCCAACCUUCAUUCAGUAAAAUCAUGGUUCCCUUACAAACCACACGCACUCUCACACUACCUCAACAAGAACGAAAUUCUCUGACCAUUCAUCUACCAUUUCCUUUAAAAGUACCUUACAUAGCUGGAAUUCAUGAAAAGGUUACUAUCCUCUCCUCUUUGCAAAGACCAAGAAAAAUUACACUCAUUGGAUCAGAUGGAAAAGACUAUGAGAUGAUGUGUAAAGAUAAGGAUGAUUUAAGAUUGGAUGCAAGAGUUAUGGAAUUUAACAGCAUUAUCAAUAAAUAUCUGCAGAAAGAUCCAGCUUCACGCUCUCGCCAUCUCCAUAUUCGCACAUAUAGUGUUGUUCCCCUUAAUGAAGAUAGUGGUCUUAUUGAGUGGGUGCCGAAUUUGAUUGGUUUUAGACCAAUAGUCUCACAACUUCACGCGGAUAUGGGUAUUACCAAUACAAAUCGUGAAAUAAAAAAAUAUGCAGUUGAAAAGGAUUCUACACUUCAGGAAAAGAGAGAUGUAUUUUUAAAGCGACUGUUGCCUCUUCAUCCACCUGUAUUCCAAGAUUGGUUUAGGAACAAUUUCACCGAUAGCCGUAGUUGGUUUGAAGCAAGAAAGUCAUAUGUGCACACUACAGCUGUCAUGAGUAUGGUAGGUUAUAUCCUUGGGCUAGGUGACCGUCAUGGAGAAAACAUUCUCUUCGAUACAACUUGUGGAGAUGCAGUUCAUGUUGACUUCAACUGUUUGUUCAACAGGGGUGAACGCUUUGAAUGGCCAGAGCGGGUUCCAUUCAGACUGACUCAUAACAUGGUGUCAGCCAUGGGACCCACAGGUGUUGAAGGCCCAUUUCGUACAGCUUGUGAAAUUACUCUUCGGGUGUUAAGGGAAUUGCAGGAGACAUUAUUAUCUGUACUUCAACCUUUUGUGUAUGAUCCAAAAGUGGAUCUUAAAAAGGCGCAAGAAGAAUUAACCAAUGACUUAGCAGUGGAAAAUGUACAGAAAAUCAUCCAGCGGCUUGCUGGAAUGGUAAAAAUUGGAUCGAAUAAAAAUGCUCUACAAUUGUCUGUAGAAGGACAAGCACAUUUUCUCAUCCAAGAGGCUGUGAGUGUUGACAAUUUGUGCCAAAUGUACAUAGGUUGGAUGGCGUAUGUGUAAUUAUAGAACAGUUCACAAGAUAAUUAUAUUACAAUUCUUGUGCCUAAGUUUUAAUUACAGUAAUUGGUAUUUCUUUGCAAUGAGAAAUGUUAACAGAACUAAAACAUAAGUAGGUAAAGGCACAGUAGUGAUCAUUCUUAAGUUAUUUAUUUUACAUCUUGUUUCCAUGUUACUCCUUAUAGAAUGCAUUAUUAAGCUGUAUUAUAUAAAAUUUAAUAAAUAAAUAAAUAAGGAAGGAAACCAUU